AUGGAGGACUCCCAAUUGAAGACACAUGAAUUAUCAUUUGGUAGAACACUUCUUUAUCUCAAAGUACAUAAUGAUUACAACAACGAGAAGAAUAUAAAUUGUUCAAAUCCUGAACUCAUUAAAGAAAAAAUAGUGGAAGGCUAUCAAUGGAAGACACAUGAAUUAUCAGAAGUUGUUGAAGAACAUAUUAGUCUCAAAGUCAAUAAUUGUUGCAACAACGAUGGGAAUAUUAAUUGUUCAAAUCUUGGACUAAAUCUUUUUAAUUCAACUCCAAAUCAUGCUAUUGAGUCUUCCAAUGAGGCAACACCCACACAGAGGCAUUCAGCAAAAACUAAGAUUUUCUCUUGCAACUUUUGCAAGAAAGAAUUUUCCACUAAGCAAGCCUUAGGGGGAUACCAAAAUGGUCACAAACAAGAGAGGGCAUUUUCUAAAAAGCAAAAGAAACUUGUUGAUGUCGUUCAACCUUUUGACCCUCCCAAUUAUCAUCCUUACUAUAGUCCUUACUCAAAUUUGAACUCACACAUGCCAUUUCACAAUUCUUUUACCAAUCAAUCACCAUUUGGUGUUAAUGGAGAUUCUUAUGUUAUUCAUAACCUUACUUUAGAAGAGGCUGACGCAGAGAAAAAUAAUGAAGAAGAUGAUGAGCUUGAUUUAGAUCUAAAACUUUAA